AUGCUGGGGAAGAACCAAGUAGGGAAGAGAGGACCAGAUGGGGCCGAGAAGCCCAGCUCCUCUGCGGGACAGCGCUGCCUUAGGACUUUGGCCCCUUGCUCCUUGCUGCCGGCUGUGGUGUCCGCGAUGUGUGUGAUUGCCUGCCUGUACCUGGGGGUGAAAACCAACGACCUGCAGGCAAGGAUCUCGGCCAUUGAGGCAGCCAAAGGGGAACUUCCUUAUCAGCUCCUGCCGGCUUCCUUGGAUCGACUGGAAACGAUGAUGCAAGAGAAAAUGGAACGACUUUUGGCUCAGAAAUCCUAUGAGCAUUUGGCUAAAGUAAGAAUCGCCAGAGAAUCACCUCUAGAGUGUAACUGCCCAGCAGGACCUCCUGGGAAACGUGGUAAGAGGGGCAGAAGAGGAGAAUCUGGUCCUCCUGGUCAGCCGGGCCCACAGGGCCCUCCUGGUCCCAAAGGUGACAAGGGAGAUCAAGGGGAUCAGGGCCCUCGGAUGGUGUUUCCUAAAAUCAAUCAUGGGUUUCUCUCUGCUGAUCAGCAGCUCAUUAAACGCCGCCUCAUUAAGGGUGACCAAGGACAAGCUGGCCCUCCUGGACCCCCUGGCCCACCAGGACCCAGAGGGCCCCCUGGGGACACAGGGAAAGAUGGUCCCCGUGGCAUGCCAGGAGUACCUGGUGAGCCAGGAAAACCAGGAGAACAAGGCUUAACGGGACCUCAGGGGCCUCCAGGACAAAAGGGUUCUAUUGGAGCACCUGGCACUCCAGGAAUGGAUGGGAAAAUGGGCGAACCUGGCUUGCCUGGAACAGCAGGGCAGAAUGGAACACCUGGGCCUAAGGGGGAUCCUGGAGAGCGAGGAGAAAAGGGAGACGCUGGAGAGAGUGGACCCAAAGGUGACAUGGGUGAAAAGGGUGACCCUGGAUCUUCUGCUGCAGGAAUUAAGGGAGAACCUGGAGAAUCUGGCCGUCCAGGGCAAAAGGGUGAACCAGGGCUGCCUGGGCUGCCUGGACUUCCGGGGAUAAAGGGAGAACCAGGUUUCAUUGGUCCACAGGGAGAACCAGGGUUGCCAGGGUUACCUGGAACAAAGGGUGAACGUGGAGAGGCUGGGUCUCCUGGAAGAGGUGAACGAGGUGAACCUGGAGCUCCUGGACCAAAGGGGAAGCAAGGUGAAUCAGGAGCUAGAGGUCCCAAAGGGGCAAAGGGUGAUCAUGGAAACAAGGGUGACUCUGGAGCUUUGGGACCAAGGGGUCCUCCCGGGCAAAAGGGAGAUCCAGGAGCAACAGAAAUCAUAGACUACAAUGGCAAUAUUCAUGAGGCCUUGCAGAGGAUUACUACCUUAACUGUCACGGGACCCCCAGGACCUCCCGGACCACAAGGAUUGCAGGGACCAAAGGGCGAGCCAGGAUCUCCGGGAACACCAGGAGUUGAUGGUGAACAGGGUCCUAAAGGCUCAAAGGGAGAAAUGGGGGAUUCAGGUCAGCCAGGUGAAAAGGGAGGAAUUGGACUUCCUGGAUUACCGGGUGCCAAUGGCAUGAAAGGAGAAAAAGGAGAUUCUGGUUUACCAGGACCCCAGGGACCCUCUAUCAUCGGCCCACCAGGCCCACCAGGCCCCCAUGGUCCACCAGGUCCAAUGGGACCCCAUGGACUUCCUGGGCCAAAGGGAGCAUCUGGCUUAGACGGAAAGCCAGGAUCCCGGGGUACAGAUGGCCCUAUUGGACCCCAUGGACCUGCAGGACCUAAAGGAGAAAGAGGUGAAAAGGGAGCCGUGGGAGAGCCUGGACCCAGAGGACCUUAUGGUUUGCCUGGGAAGGAUGGAGAACCUGGUCUUGAUGGUUUUCCAGGUCCUCGAGGAGAGAAGGGUGAUUUAGGAGAGAAAGGAGAAAAGGGAUUCCGUGGAGUUAAGGGGGAAAAAGGGGAGCCGGGUCAGCCUGGCCUGGAUGGGCUGGAUGCCCCUUGCCAAUUGGGGCCGGAUGGAUUACCGAUGCCUGGGUGUUGGCAAAAGUGAUGAAUCUAACCUUACAAGCAUGAAGUUGUGUAUAUAAUGCUCUACGUUUUGUAUUUAUAGUUGAAAAAUGAAAUAGAGAUUUUACAAGUCUGAGAUAUGUUUACAUGUAGCUGCUUCUACCUGUCUGAAUUGGCCGUGUGUGCAUCUUUUCUUCACUCACAUCUGAAGUUAGGCAGUAUAGGACACCAUGGGGAGAGAAACCUGAAACCACACAGAUCGAGAGCUCUCUGGUA